AUGUCAACUGGCCAAAUAUCAUCCAAACCAACCUCAUUCUCAAAGGAGGAAGUCAGAAAGCAACCAGAACAAUCACCACCAGGUCUUGAGCAUGUCAUGCUCACUGCUCCACAAUACGACGAUCCAGACUAUUACAAAGGAUCUAACAAGUUACGUGACAAGGUUGCUCUCAUUACUGGAGGUGAUUCAGGAAUUGGACGUUCAGUUUCAAUCCUCUUUGCCAGAGAAGGAGCCAAUGUGGCAAUUGUCUACUUGAAGGAAGAGGAGAAGGAUGCUCAAGAAACAAAACAACUCAUUGAAAAGGAAGGAAGAAAAUGUCUUCUUAUUCCAGGAGAUGUUAGAACUUCUGAUUUUUGUAAUCAGGCAGUUGAAAAGACAGUUAAGGAAUUCUCCAAACUCGACAUUCUCGUCAAUAAUGCAGCUACUCAGACUGUUCAACAAGAUUUGACAGAUAUCAGUGAUGAACAACUGGAAAAUACCUUCAAAACAAAUAUCUUUUCCUAUUUCUACAUGGCAAGAGCUGCACUCAAGUAUCUUCCAGAUCAAACCGGUAGAAUCAUCAAUACUACCAGUGUAACUUCCUACAGAGGCAAGGAUGUCUUAUUGGAUUACUCUUCCACUAAGGGAGCAAUCACUACCUUCACUCGAUCAUUGGCAAGUAAUUUGGCUUCAAGAGGUAUUCUUGUCAAUAGUGUUGCUCCUGGUCCAAUCUGGACUCCACUUAUUCCAAGUACAUUCCCUGAGGAUAAGAUGAAGGAAUUUGGUAAAUCUACUCCUUUGGGUCGAGCUGGUCAACCAUUUGAAUGCGCCACAGCUUAUGUCUACUUGGCAAGUAAGGAUUCUUCAUACGUAACUGGUCAAACCAUUCAUGUUAAUGGUGGUGAUGUUGUUGAAUAA